AUGGAUCCCUUGAUCCGCAAGCUCCGGCGCCACCUUCUCCGAUGGAAUCACCGAUCUCGUUCCGGAUCCGUGUUUUUUGUGAGGAGAAUUUCGUAUAAGGAAGUUAGAAAAGCGACUGAUAGUUUUCAAAGAAUAGUUUAUAGCAAUUCCGAAGUUUCUGCGUAUGCUGCGAAUUUCGGAGAGGGACGCGGUGGUGUUUGUUUGGUGAAAGAAGUUAAAGAUUUUGAUAAAGGAAAUGAUGAGAAUUUUCAUAAGCAAGUGCAGUUGUUGGGACGUUUGCAUCAUCGACACCUUCUUUCACUCAAAGGCUUUUCGCUGGGACAUGAUCGCAAGAGCAAGAGACUGCUCAUAUUUGACAACAUAGAAAAUGGAAGCUUAAAGGAGCAUCUCAAUGACCCCUUGAAGACUCCUUUAAAUUGGAGGACGAGGUUGCAGAUAGCUAAUGGUGUUGUGGCUGCAUUGGAAUACUUGUUUCUUUUCAGUGAACCGCCAAUAAGUCAUGUCUCUAUUAGCUCUAGCAAUAUUAUGUUAGAUGAGAACUUCACCCCUAAACUAUCUGAUUUUGGCCUUCUUACUGGUGGAAGUUCUGUCAUGAUGACACAAGAUUGCACGGGGCAGGAAAAUUGUAAGAUUAUAUUCCAACUUGGAGUGCUCAUCCUGGAACUUGUCACCGGUCAGUCUUCAGAGAUGGAAGGUUCUGAUUUAAUUGAAUGGAUUCAAGAAUCCCGAUUUUUCAGUUCCAUAGAUAAGAUGUUAGAUCCUGAUCUUGGAAACAAUUAUGAUGGUACAGAACUUAAAAGUCUUCUAGCUGUGGCAAAAUUAUGUAUCAAAUCAUGGGACAAGCCUUCAUAUACAAUUCCUCAGUUAUUUCGGUAUCUCCAAAAGGAGACUGAUAUUCCCCAGCAUUAG